UGUCUCCGGAUAUUCGCCAUGAAUAACCUUGAAGCCCUGGCCUCCAUUUCGAGGCUUAGUGAAAACGUAGUCCGCGUUCUUGGACAGAAUCCAGGCAAAUUCACGCUGCAGGGGACAAACACGUACAUAAUUGGCAGGAAACGGCCGUUUACGCUGGUCGACACUGGGGAAGGGCGGGUGGAGUACACCCCCUUGCUUGAAACUGCGUUGCAAGAUGCGGGUAAAGAAAGCGCGAGCGAUGAGCACGAAGUGGAUGUUUCGGACAUCAUUAUUUCCCAUUGGCAUGGAGAUCACGUUGGUGGACUGCCCGCCGUGCUUGGACUGCUUCGCCAACUAUGGAACGAGCGAAAUGGUGGUGCUCCAUUCAAACCUCCACGUCUUCACAAGUUCCCUUCUCUGCAAACCCCAAAUGCCCAUGACCAACUGCCUUCAAUCCUCGCGUCCCUUCCACCCGACUCCUACACCUCCUCGCCUGCGGGAAAUCCAUUCCACGAGCUAACUGACGGGCAAGCCCUCGUCAAUCUUCGCGUCUUGCACACUCCUGGCCAUACCACUGAUUCAAUCGCUCUUCACGUGCCCAGCGAUAAAGCCCUCUAUACUGCUGACACCGUCCUUGGCCAAGGAACCGCUGUUUUCGAAGACCUUGCCGCCUAUAUGCGCAGUCUCCAGCGAAUGUUGACGUUUGCGAGGGAGCAGGGUGCCGACAAGUUGUACCCUGGCCAUGGGCCCGUAGUUGUCCAAGGAAAGGAGCUUAUAGAGACCUAUAUAGCCCACCGCCAAGACCGCGAAAACCAGCUUUUAGAGCUGCUAAAGGAUGAGAAACCGUGGUCGACAUGGACGAUGGUCACAACACUCUACAAGUCGUAUCCAGAGUCGUUGUGGCUGCCCGCUGCGCAUAGUGUGGAUUUGCACAUGAAAAAACUCGAGGAAGAUGGUGCGGUACGGAAGUUAGGUGGAGAGGGUAAGGAUGCUGAGUGGCAGGUUGUUCAGACCAAGUAA